AGACGCCAAUCACGACUGCUAGUGGCAUCCUGGUGGCUGCUCCAGCAGAGAAACUCUGCCGGUCACUUGUCCACGCCUGGGCACGACCACGCCCCCUUUGGCUCCACGCCCCCUCGGCCCUCUACCUACUGCGUAGCUCCAAGCCAGGCUCUCAGGCCUCAGGCUCUUCUAUCAACUCUAACCCACUGGCCCGCUGCUCAUGUCGAACUCAAGAAUAGACGGUGCAUUGGUGGAUCCAUGGCUAAGACAUGGCAAGCCGCUCAUCCCUGCUCUUCUAAUAUCGAAGACGACUGGGGUGUCCUUGGAGCCACCGGCCAUGGUGGAUGCUCCACGCAACGCACUUUGACAUGGGUACGUAGCCGUAGCGCUAACAUCAUUUCGCCUCGUUCCUCAUCGGGGUGGUGGCAGUCAUUAUCAACCACCCAUAUCCCACCACCGUACAACUGGCUCGGCUUGUCUCGAGACUUCAAUCAUCAACUUUUCCACCACGCUCCUUCCCGUCGACCUCUUCACAUCUCUUCACGAUCUUCGGGAAACUGGAAUCUCAGUCGCCCUUCCACCUCCGCCUCACAACAGACACCGACCUUCACCGACCUCAGCUCGCUACCCAUCCCGCACCAGGCGACAAUUACCGUGUUUGACUCGUUGACUCGACGUCUUGCACUUUCGACCUUUUCUACUUCCUCAGACCGAUCCAUUCAUAGGACUACCAACCCAUCUCAGGCCGUAGGAUAA